UUGACAGCGACAACCUUAGUCACGUAUCUACUGAUGCCUCCAGCAGCAUCCCCUCCCUCCCCACAUGCUUCUCUAAGGCCCAGACCGACUAUCGCAGAUGUCCCUAUAGCACCAAGGAGAAGGCUUCGUGAUGGCUCUCGGGCCGGCAGUGUAAGCAGCGGAAGAAGCAAUGGCGCAAGCAGAAGCGGUAGUAGAGAGUCUAGCCGCUCCUCGUCAUCAAGAGUAGCGUUACUGGUUCCAGCGGCCACUGUAACAACCCCUUCGGUAGUAGCAAGUGGCGCUCCAUCACGAAGUCAAUCAAGGGCUGCUCAAGAACCGAUCGAGAUCAGCGAAAGCGAAAGUGAGAAUGGUAAUGGGAGUGGUGAUAGUAUCGUGGCUAUUUCGCCUCAGGCCGUAAGUCGAGGACAGACGCUCGCAAGUGUACAUUCUCGUCGGAUUACACGCAGCGCAGUUACCAGUCGGAGCGGUACACACGAGAGAAGGACCAAUCAGUCAACGCCGGUUUUAGUUCACGAGGACUCGUUAUCUUCCUCCGACGAAUACGGUCCACGAUAUACCACCCAAGAAAAGGGAAAAGGAAGAGCUGUACCAUCAUCGAUCCCUAUUGAGAUUUCGUCCGAUGAGGAAGACGAACUUUUGGGUCUUCAAAGUGUAAAGGCAAAAAGUGUGGAGACUGAAAAGGAGAAUGAAGGAACCGGGUUGGAUGAGAGCAGCGCCUUGGGGACUGGUUAUCAUUGCCCUAUUUGCUUUAACGCUCCGAAUCCCGCUAUCUUGACACCAUGUGGACACAUUUUAUGUGCUGGGUGCUUACACUCUUCCCUACUCGCCGCUAUAAGACGGAAUCCCAAUCCUUACCCCAACCCAUUUGCCAGUUUACCUCAUCGUGGUCGCAGUCGGGGUCGUACUCGAGGCUCGACUCCCACACGCAGAGGGCACGGCUUUUCCAGAGUCAAAGAGGAGCAACCCACUCAUUGGACAGCUGAUAUGCUACGCCAGGCGUACAUGGAUCAAAAGAUUGCAGAGAUGGAGCAGGGACUGCUGCAGCAAAAGUGGCCUGAGGAAGAAAGAGACGCGGCAAUAGCGGGUAUGAUUGAGGAGAUGGAAGAUGUGCAAGUGAAAGAGGUGUUGAACGGUUUAUGGAGUGUGGAUGGAAAGUGGGUUGUUGAAGGAGAGUGCCCUGUGUGCCGAAAGGCUCUUGCUGGAGGGUAUGGGCCGCCGAAUUCUGGCAUAGGAGGAGUCAUCCCAUUACAAGUCAGGCUGUCUACUGCACUUCAGCGAUAAGCUGGCGAUAAGCUGGCGAUAACUAAUGACCGAUGAACGAUCACGAAGUUCAAAUCUCUCUGCGGUAUUUCACCAUGUUCUUUCACGAAAUUUCAUUCAUCAUGUACCUACACUGUAGCAAGUUGCAUAGGCCGUCAGCCUUUUUAUUCACGCUGUAAAUAUAUUAGACCAUUAGCUUGCAUGAUGCAUAAGAGAUAACGUAGG